AUGUCUUAACUUGCUUCAAUUGGUAUUGACUUUGGUAGUUAGAGAUCUGUCAUCGCUGCAGCUCUAAAGGGAGGUGUGAAGAUCCUAGACAAUGAAGGAUCACAUAGAGAAACAUAAAAUGUGAUUGGAUUCACAGUCGAAGAAAGAUUCAUUGGUGAACAAGGGGCAUUACAAUAAAAGUCUAAUUUCAAAAAUUCUGUUGCUUUUUUCAACAGAUUCUUAGGAUUGCAUGGCGAACCUUCAUUUAGAGCAGAAGAGACAAAAUGGUUGACUGUUCCUACAUCUAUUAAUGAUUCUGGUAAAACCUUAUUUGAGGUCAAUUACCUUGGUUAAAAGAGCACAUUCACUUCUGAGCAACUGACAGGUUCAAUGUUGAACAAAUUAAAGCAUGUUAUAGUUCACAAUGACAUAAAUGUACAAGCAAGUAAUGUUUGUAUAAGUGUUCCUGCAUAUUACACUGAAUCAGAGAGAAAGGCCUUGAUUGAUGCAUGCAAGAUAGCUGACAUUCCAUUAGAGAGAUUGCUCAAUGAAACUACAGCCAUUGCAAUUAAUUAUGGUUUAUUUAGAAAAGCAGAUUUGGAUGCUGAUAAACCAAGACAUGUGGCAUUUGUUGAUUUUGGACAUUCCAAAUUUUCAGCGUUUGUAGGCUCAUUCUAUAAGGAAAAGGCAUAGGUUGUUGCUCAAGUGAAUGAGAGAAAUUUAGGUGCUAGAGAUAUUGAUUGGUUUUUAUUUGAAAAAUUCGCUACACAAUUUGAAUAAUAAUCAGGUGGUUUAAAUGUAAGAAAAAAUCUCAAAGGAAAAUUAAGACUAUUGGAAUCUAUUGAAAAAGCUAGAAAGGUCUUGUCUGCUAAUUCUGAAGCUCCAAUUAAUGUGGAGUAUUUGGUGGAAGAUGAAGACUUCAAUACUUUAAUCAAGAGAGAAGAUUUUGAAUAAAUGAUCUAACCAGUUUUAAUUUAGAUUCAAUAACAAUUAGAAUUUUUAUUCAAUUAAGUUUAGAAUUUGAAAUUGCAAUUACAUUCAGUAGAAAUUGUGGGAGGAGCAACAAGAAUUCCAGCAGUCUAAAGAUUAAUUGAAAAGAUAUUCAAAAUUGAAUAAGUAUCCAGAACUUUGAAUGCCAGUGAAUCCAUAUCAAGAGGAUGUGCAAUGAUGGCAGCUAUGAAGAGUCCAAAUUUCAAGGUCACUGAAUACAAAAUUGAAGAUUGCAACUAUUAUCCAAUUAGAGUAGGUUGGCUCUAUGGAUAAUAAUUAAGUUAAUAAGAUCAAAGCUAAGGAUUGGUUAGAUGUUUUCCUGAAAAACAAUGCAAGGUCCUUUUCGAUUAAAAUAAUGCAAUUCCAUCAAUUAAGAGUUUCGCACUCUUAAAAACAGAACCAAUCGAAAUUACACUAUUCUAUGACCCAGUGCCUGAAGGCUUUUAGGCUAUUUUAUGUAACAUUAAUAGUUAAUUAAUUUUAGAAUAAAUUCGGGUGCCUCCAUAAAAUCCAAAACACUAAGAACAUUCAACUAAGAUCAAGAUCUUAUUGAAUCACAAUGGAUUACUACAAUUAGAAGAAAUUGUAUUAUAAGAAGAAUUUAUGGAAGAAGUAAAAGUGCCUGUAUUAAAUAUUUAAUUAAUUUAUUAGAUUGAAAAACCAAAACCUGCAGAACCACCUAAGCCAGCAGAACAACCAAAACCAGCCGGUGAUGCUUAACAAUAACAGCCACAGGCAGCUGAACCUUAAUAACCAGCUCCAGAUGCUAUAUAAUAAGAAUAACUAAAACCAGAAGAACCAUAAUUUGAAAUUAAAUAAAAGAAAAAAACUGUUUAAACUUAAAUUAAUUGCGAAACUACCUCCUUGAAUAGUAUGUCUAAAAAAGACAUAGAUCAUCUAUUCCAAUAAGAAUGUGAGAUGUAAAACUAAGACAAAAUGGUUCAUGAAACUCAUUUCAAAAAGAAUCAAUUAGAAGCAUAUAUUUAUGCUUGGAGAGAAAAUGUCAAUAAUAAAUAUGCCCAACACGUUAAACCAGAUCUCAAAGCACAAAUUCUCAAGGAUUUAGAUGUGUAAUAUGAAUGGCUCUAUGGUGAUGGUCAAAAGACUACAAAGAGAGAGUACUCUGAUAGAUAUGAUAAACUUGUUUAAUUGUGUGGACCAAUAGUCACAAUUGCUGAUGAGUUUAGACAAGUCCCUGAAACAAUUCAACAAGCAUUAUAAUAUACUUCCAAUUAUGAAACCUUUGUUACUUCAUAAGUAAUUGAAAUUAUUUACAUAUUUAGGAAUAACAAUAUGCUCAUAUCACAAAUGAAGAAAGACAACUAGUUGCAAAUGAAGUGAAUGCUUUCAAAUUAUGGUGUAAUUAAGUAUUGGACGCUUUAAGCAAAGCAGAUAAAACAGUCAGAUUCACAACUUCAGUUUAAUAAAUCCAAGCUAGAUUUAAUGAAUUUAAAGAUGUAAAUAUUUUGUAAUAACAAAGUAGAAAUGUUCUCCAAUUGUACUAAAGCCUAAACCUGAACCACCUUAAGAGGAGAAAAAGGUUGAGGAACCUCAACCUUAAUAGCAACCAUAAUAAAACGAGGCCAAUAAUAAUAACAAAAUGGAAACAGAAUGAUG